UCGAUGAGCAUAAUGAGUGCAAGGUGGCGUUUAGUUGUUGGACGGGCUGUUGCGGUUAUACUGCUCGUUGGAUAUUUCCCAACAGGUACGAUUCAGAGCGCGGUGGAUGGUGGUCAACAAGAGCGAUGUACCACGAGCAACAGUAGGGCUGGUUAUUGUAUGCCGAAAGAGAAAUGUCAUGACCAGGAAAUACUAGAUCUUCGAACUUCUCAUAGCUGUUCCGACACCUCGCAGUACUGUUGUCCAGUAGUUGCAGACACCGUACCAUCGUGGAGUAGAAGAAAGCAGUUUACCGAAUGCGACAGCAAUCGAGGAUACUGCGUAAAAAGUGACAUGUGCAGUGUCCGUACUUUUCGUCUGCGCUCAAACAGAUGUCCUUCGUUUGAGGAAGUGUGCUGCCCCAAAAAUACAUUUCCAGAAGAGUCUAUAACGAGCACAGCACCAGCUAGAAUCGCUACUUCGACAAUUGCUUCGCCAACAAGUAUUGUCGCUGCCACUGUUCAAGAAGCUAUCAUUCCUUCACCGAUCGCCACAAAUGAGACAAAUUAUCUACCGACGCCACAGCUCCCUGAGCAUCUGGAUGUGGAUUGUACUGAUUGUGAUACCUUGUCAUCAUCCAAUGCAAGCAAAAUCGAUGAGUUGAGCAAGACGACUACGACAACCGAAUCCCUCGGUUCGGAAACGAUCUCAACUACCGAUCCUAACGAAGAGAUUGAACCCACAGAAACUCCCCUCGUUACGAAUUUGGGUGAAAAUACCUUCCAAGAAGCUCACUUUAGUAAUACUAGUCCUAAUACGCCUCUUUCUAGCAACACGACCAACACCCUAUCGUCCUUAUUGCCAGAAUUCACCUCAGAAAACUUUUCCUACCACGCUUGCGGCCAACGGAAUCCGUCCGGUGUUGUUGAGCACAUUAUCAACGAAGAAUUCCGUGCAGAAUAUGGAGAGUUUCCCUGGAUGGUCGCUUUAUUAGAGCUACCCGAGAAACGCUAUUGCUGCAAUGGAGCUCUGAUCGACCGGAAGGUCAUCUUAACUACCGCACACUGCGUAACCCGUUGUGGAGGCAAAGUGGCACAGAUGGUGGUACGGGUUGGUGAAUGGAAUAUGAGUUCUACCGAGGAAAUGGCUAUUCCUCGGGAAGAGUUCGGUGUAAAAAGCGUGCACAUCCAUCCUUCAUACUUCCCAUCCUCACUGAUCAACAAUAUAGCCGUGCUGGUACUGAAAGACUCGAUACACUACCAGCCCACGGUACAGCCCGUAUGUUUACCAUCCAUAGAACAACAGCUGAGAGGCAGUGAAAACAUGAUCGCUACCGGAUGGGGUGCCAUGGUAGGAGCGAAUGCUUCGUUUAGUCAAAUAUUGAAACGGCUCGAUUUACAGCGCGUGGAAACGACUAUCUGUCAGAAGGAACUGAAAACGGUACAAAGUCCGUACAGGUUCGAACUUCAUCGAAGUUUCGUGUGUGUCGGCGCGAAUCAUCCUGAUCAGGAAAGACCGUGUGAUGGGGACGCAGGAUCGCCGGUUGUUGUCGAAAUUCCCAACACGGUGGAUCGCUACUACCUGCACGGUUUGGUGUCUUGGGGUUACAAUUGUAAUCAGAAACGGGUUAAGCACACGGUACUAACUCACGUGGCCCAUUUCCGAAAUUGGAUAGAUGAUAUCGUUCUAAGGACAAAGUGA